GGUGUGUGAUGGAAGUCAACCAUUUCUGCUGUUAACUUUUCUGAUCUUCUGGUGUAGAGUCUGGGGAUCUGGGAAAGGAAUGACAGACCACAAUCAACCUUGAAACUUUGUUUGCCGUGGAGACAAAGACUUGUUAAGCAACGAAGCAAGGCGCUGGAAUAUCGUGGCAUUCAAGACGCGUCGCUUCAAAGAUGCUGACGUUACGGAGCGGACUUCCUCCCUAAGGCGUAUGAAUGUCAGACGUCUCGAUGAAGACCUCUUUCAGAGAGGAUUAAAGGAACAACUAGACCCAAGCAUGCAGGAAAGAGGGACAGAACCUUCCGGUGUGUGAUGAGAAAUUUCAGAGAGACCACCAGUGAGAAAACCUCCAUUAACUCACUUGGAUCCAUAUACUGGCUGGGACUGCUGCAUAAUAUAUAGUGUUCUUUGAAAUUCAACACAAGUAUGGGUGGAGAGAAGAUGGUGGCUUGCAUGUUAAGUUUGACACUAAUGAGGUCAGUUUAUGGUCAGCACAUGCCAGAAGAACCAUGCUCAGUCCAGAUCCUUGUCCCUGGACUCAAAGGUGAAGCAGGAGAGAAAGGAGAGAAAGGAGCACCUGGGAGACCUGGGAGAUUAGGGCCAACUGGAGAGCCAGGUCUCCCUGGAGUCAAAGGCCAAAAAGGUAGUCCUGGACAUUAUGGGAAGAUGGGUCCCUCUGGACUCAAAGGUUUAAAAGGUGAUAUGGGAGAUCCAGGACCUAAGGGCCCAAAUGGAGAGCCAGGUGUCCCCUGUGAGUGUGCACCCUUACGGAAAAUGAUUGGUGAAAUGGAUAUUCAAGUGGCGCAAUUAACCAGUGAGCUGAAGUUCAUUAAAAAUGCUGUCGCUGGCAUCAAAGAGACAGACAGCAAGGUCUAUCUGCUGGUGAAGGAGGAGAAGCGCUUCAGGGAUGCCGAGGUGUUUUGUCAGGGCCGAGGUGGACACCUGGCCAUGCCCAAGGAUGAGGCGUCUAACGGAGUCAUCGCUGGCUACGUCACCGAAGCUGGCCUCAGUCGAGUGUAUAUCGGCAUCAACGACCUGGAGCGAGAAGGCCACUUUGUGUAUGUGGAGCGUUCACCCAUGACCACUUUCAGCAAGUGGAGGGAGGGCGAGCCAAACAACGCUUACGACGACGAGGACUGCGUCGAGAUGGUGUCUUCAGGCGAGUGGAUUGAUGUAGCUUGUCACCUCACCAUGUACUUUGUGUGUGAGUUUGACAAGGACACAGUAUGACUUAAUGGAGCAUCUAUUGGGCGUAAAGUCAAUUGCAAGCGUAUACAAUACUUUAGUAUUAAAGAAGGCUGAAAUUUCAAUGAAAAAGGUUCAGCAUUUAUAGCUUUUCUCAUUUUUCAUGUAACAUUUUAAGCAGUCACAGCAGUGUGACAUGCUAUAUUUGAUGUAAAACUGUUUAAAACAACAUCCAGAUAGUUUAUACUUUAUCUCAAUGGUCCACUUUAGAUAUUCUACUAACUAUUAGUAACUCCAUGUCAUCUCUCAUCAGAGUGUUAGUAGGUUAGAGUUAGAUGUUAGGGUUCAUCAUGUUAGCACUAUAAGCUGCCAUGUAGACAUGUUAAAUGUCUGUAGGAGGACCAUGAGAAUAAAGCAUUAGUAGAAUUCAUUUUUUAUUUUUGAAACAGUAGAGCAUUGGCGCUUGCAACGCCAAGGUCAUGGGUUUGACUCCCAGGGAAA